AUGACCCUAGAUCUUUUUCGUCUUAAAGCUGGCGCUCAUGAGAGCCAUAUGUCAUUCUUGGCCAUGUUCACAGGUCCACACGGUACCAGUGAGAUUUUUGAUGGGUAUAAAACCGUGCUACUGAUUGCGAGCGGUUUUGGGAUCGCGACAACAAUCCCAUACGUGAAGAAGACGAUACAUGGCUAUAAUACCUGUACUCUUCACGUCCGUCGGCUGCAUCUGGUAUGGCAGAUAGAAUCAAUCGGUGAGAAGACCCUUCCGUUUCCACGCAGCCGAGGACCUGCUCAACCCCUCCUGGAGGACGAUAUUAUAGAUAAAGGCUAUAUUUUCAGCAUUUCAAUCUACGUCGAAAAAGGGCUUGCUCAUGAUAAGACGCCAAUAGGAAAACAUGAAAGAGCCUGCUUUUACCAAGGUGUACCCGAUUAUGACAAUAUAGUCUCGCUCGAGGCAUCGGGAGACCAGAUCGAGAGGCUACCGAACAUUCGCGAUGAGCAAGGGCCUUAUACCAGGGACCAGGUACGAAAGACUGUGAAGAAGUUUUUGCAUUGUGGCGUGAAGCUUUCUGAACUUGAAUACCAACCCGAGUAA